UUGUGGUAGUGGGUGUUGUGUGGCUGUUGUUUGUGGCAGUGGGUGUUGUGUGGCUCUUGUUUGUGUCAAUGGGAGUUGUGUUAUGAACCCCACCAUAUAGCCUUAUGAUAUAGGCCCUGCCCCAAAGUGAGAGUUAUUCCUCACUUAGUCGUACAGAGGAUCCCGAUGGACAUUUUAAUGUAAGUUGCGGAUAUGAGUAACUUUAUGAAAACAAGAUAAGAUGUCAACAACAUGUGACAUGCCGUGUGCAGAGGGCUGGCGACGUCACUUGCUAGUGUGGAGGUCAGAGGGAGAGCACGCAUUUUGUCGCUCCAGAGGAAAGAGGAUAGUGUGACGUUGUGGAGAGGAAUCUAAAAGAAUCAUCAAAAGUGUUGUGAGCAGUGGGAGGAUGUUUUAUGGCGUGCAUCUCGUGUAGUAGCGACAAGGAGGGCGACCAGAAGCCUGAGGGGUGCAAUCUCUGUGGGAACACUACAGGAAACACAAGUUACAACACUGCACAAAAGGACUCAACAUUUUGAGAACUCUUCAUUACUGGAGUCAAGUCGACGCAACACCUCAGGCUUCCCAUCUAAACCCACUGAGCUCCAGUACCGUCGACAACGACCUCCAACAGGUACUCCAAAAUACUUCCUCACCAAAAGUCUCAAAUGUUGUAAAUAACGUCGAACCUGAGUGUCAAAGACCACAGACAUGCCACUGUAACUAGGACAGUGAACCAAGAACCAACACACUCCACCAAAUGGAAGAUAAAAGCUGAGAAAUCCUACCAACACAAGAAAAUCCAAAGUACAAAAGGCAACUACAGUACUGCAGUUGUGAACAAAACACGACUACGACGCCAACGUGACUUGGAACACCUGACACUUCAAGUGGUACACACAACACUACAGAACAAGACUCACCAGGUGGUGCAUAUGCCACUCAAGGUGCCUCUGAAAACACCACGUUUGACGCCACAAAGUUCCUGCAUGCAAGGAUCGCCUCAGGAUCUCUAAUGCUAACUAAUGCACUCUUUCUUGAUCAUGGCUGGUGCAGAUUGCGAUUAAAUUAAGUGUUCACUCAGCCUCAUUAACGUCUUGAAGUAAAAAAAAAAGUUUAGAUUCGAAAACGUGUUUAAAAGAACAUUAUAUUUAUUGUGAAGUAAAGCCUUUCUAAGUAAAAAAUAAGAUAAACAUAUGAAGAGUCUGUUAUUAUGAGUGAAAUAUAUAUAAAUAUAUUAAUAUAUGCAUAUGAUGUGACUAGUAGUUAUGUGAGGGAAGAGAAAAUUAAUGUCUGGAAAAACAGAAGACAUUACCCUAAUUUCAACAAUGCUGGAAAUGUCAAAAUGUAAAUUAUAUUUACAAAUGAACAAGAAGGUGGUGUAAGAUAGUUGGCAGGCGAGUGGUGUGGAGUUCCUGCCACAGAAUAGCAGCUGAUUCCACAAGAUGAUGUCCCCAGCCUCCCUCAACCCUCAUCAGGGGUACAGUGCUCAAGAUAUCAACUUUGGACGUUUGUUCAAGGCUGCCACACAAACCAGCAAGCGACUCUUGAAGGAAGUGUUUGUGAUCAUGAUGAACAGAUCCCACGUGAGUGCCACAGACAAGUAUCCAAUAACCGUAGCUGACUACUGCUUCAAUGUCCUCCUGUGGUCCAAUGCCAAGUAUCGGGAAAAUUUCAAUGCUGAAGAAAGACUGCUAAUGGAGCAAGAUCUGUCCUCAGCAGAUUUUGAUGUUUCUCUCCUCACCAAGAUGAUCCACAAGCUAUUUUCCUUUAUGACUUUCCCAGAACCGUUCUCAAGUGCAAUACGAGACCUCAAACACAUAAGAAACAGAGUGUGUCAUAAAUAUUCGCUGGUUGACAAUACUCAACUCCGCACUAACUUUGACGACCUCAAGAUAAUUUUUGUUAGACUAUUAAACGAAGCAGCAGACUUUUUAAGCAUCGAAAUAGAUGAUCUACGAAAUAUUUUCCUACAUGAAGCAGAUGAGAUUUUAUAUUCGCCGGUAAUGACAGAGGCUUCCAACUAUUUAGAGAAUCUUGAACAAUUUCGAGGUGAUCUUGUUGGUCGGUUCAUCAUAAAGUCGAGGCCGGAGGUGAUGGAACAAUACUCUAAACUGAAGAGUUUAAAUCCCUUUACCUGGCUGAGUGAUGUACAGUUUCCAGACCUUCUGGUGGAUAAGAUCUUCACUCCUCUCCAAAUUAAUGAACAGAGCAGAAUUAUUGAAGUGGAUUCGCUUCUUGCUACAAAAUUGUUGAGUCUUGAAACACAGGAGACUUCAGGAAUACUCCCAUCUGUCCUGGUCCUCUCUGGCAUAGCAGGCUGUGGCAAGACGUCCCUCUGCCGGUACUUGCUACACAACUGGAGUGCCAGACUUGGUGUUAUCACUGCACUUAGAGCCAUUGACCUCAUCAUCCAUAUUGAACUCAGGAAUGUGACGUGUAACACACUCGUAUCGCAUCUGCGAAGAAGUUUGCUCAACAAAACUUGCAAGAGUUUUGAAGAAAAAGACAUUAUUGAAAUCUUGCAGGAAAUUAAUGUCUUGUUUAUUAUUGAUGGGAUGGAUGAGGCGACGACAGAUGGCAGGCAGCUGGUAAAUGAGGUGCUGUCAGCAAUUGGUAAUUCCCGGGUUAUCAUAACUACUCGUCCCGAGUUCACCUUGAGUGUUGUUCAAGUAGCAGAGAGGUACCAUCUCUCCCACAUGGAACUCUACGUUCACGGCUUUUCUGAGCAAGGAAUGACCAAGUUUACAUCAAACGUCUUCAUCUCUCUUGAAGCAAACGAGAAGAAACGUCGCCAGCAAGAGUGUGGGUUUCUGAAGAUGCUGCAGACAAGUGGCAAAAAUCUUGGGGACCACCUCAAGCUGCCUCUUACGCUGGCGAUGCUCAUCUGCCUCUGGCGAGAUGACGAAGCCAGACUGUCUCACGUUACUUCUGCAACAAGACUUUAUUAUGAAAUUUUCAGGAUGUGCACCUCGAAGAUGAUCUACCGGCUUCAGGCAAGAACGUCGCUCCACCCCAUGGAGUUGGAGGCCUUCGCGGAGGAGUGGCUAAUGAAGUUAGGAAAAGAAGCAUUCGAGAUGCUGGAUAAUCGUGAAUUUCUUAUAAGUCAUGACAGACGUAGAGUUCUUGCCUCCUUCUGUUCUGAGCGCCAUAUUGACAGCAUUCAGGUUUUUUCAGCAUUUCUUGUGUGUGAAGUAAAUAAUAGCAUGAAGGGAACACAGUACCACUUUAGUUUUAUACACAAAAGCCAAAUGGAGUAUUUAGCUGCAUUCUAUCUUGCUAGAGAGUUAAAGUUGAAGGGAGAAUCUGCAGUUCAAAGGAUCAUUAGUGUACUGGAGAAUCUUAAGUUACACAAACUAAGCAUGCAAGUAAACAGAAUGCUAGCACAAACGUUGAACUCGAGUAUGCUGUCAUCCAUGAAAGCACAUUCUUGGAGCAACACACUAAUGUUUACUAUAGGUCAUCUGUGUAGGAUCAAGGCCUCAGAUUUAGUCAUUUAUGAAGUAACGAAAAUUGUGCUCGGGUUAUGCUCACAUUCAUACAGCCCAACAUCACUUUGUCAAAUUUCCUUGGAACCUCAAUGUCACCCUCUAGUAUAUAACAUGACUGAUCAUGCAGGAAGGAACAUAUUUAAGUGGACGUCUGGGAAGGAUAAGCAGCGCCUUCCUACACAUUUUUACAGUGAAUCAUCAUUCUGGCAGGUUGCCGUGGAGUCUAACUGCCAUCCUCUGGUCUGUAAGAUGAUUUAUCAUGUAUCAAAUACCAAAAUCAUGUGGCGUCCAAGUGCUGAAGCACUUUAUGAUCCUGCACACUCUCUUUUCCAGUUGCUUCAUCAUACAAAUUUCAGACUUCAUGGAGUUCUAAUUAGGAUCUAUAAUAGUAUCUUUUCCAUAAAUGUCUUGGAAGAGAAUGGACUCGUUGACAUGAAGAGCUACGAAAACUUGGUGCCCCUCCUUUCGUAUCUCGCCAGCCAGCCAUCCACCAAGGUCGCCCUGAGACUGGACCAACAGUACUACAGCUGGGGCGACCCAGAAACUGCCGACGACCUUCUGACAACUCUUCUCCCAAAAGGAAACCUCACAGCAGUUAUGUGCCAUCUGGGAACUCUUGGUGCUGCUGCUUUGGCCUCUGUCAGGAAGAUUGGCAAAAUUUGUAUCAGGGUGUCUGAUCUCUCAACUCUGAUUGUUGUAAGAAACUCUUUGUCUACCAUCAGAAGAAAUGUGGAUGAUGUGACACUGCGCCUAGACAUUCCACCAACAGUGUUGCCAUCGUCCCUGCCGACCUUCAAGCAGCCUCUGGUACUAAGCAUCAUCCUGAGAGAAGUGGAUGACUCCCAUGUUGAUUGGGCCAGUGAAGCCAUAACUCGCCUCAGCACAUCUUACAAGGAGAUUGACCUCGUGGCAUCUCGUCUCACGCCAUCAGGAGGAGAAGCAUUCCUCAAGGCGCUAAGAAAUAAACAAGUGAAUAUCUUGGAUCAACUAACGAUACGCUCCACUCACAGGCUUGAGGAGAGUCACUACCAGGAAAUGUCUCAAAUGAUCCAGUGUCACUUUUCUUGGUGGUACUGAGGACCUCAUUGUAGACCUGGGAUAACUGUCAACUUCUCUAGCUCCUCAUCUUUGAAAUAUAUCUUUCAAUACUAUAAAAGAG